AUGCAUUUAGCAGCUGGUGUGCCAGCUCUAAUGUCGGCACUUGCUUUGGCAUAUAAUGCAAACCUCUUUGGAUCACUGACACACUAUAGUAGCGGGCAAUCUGCAGUAUACUAUGGAACGGGGUAUGUUGGCCUUCCAGAUGUAUUCAAGCUGGGUUUUAUAACAGCCGUAAUCAAUGCUGUAAUUUGGGGAGCUGCUGGUGCAUUAUGGUGGAAACUGUUGGGUCUUUAUUGA